CGCGUACGCUCCGCCCCGUGGGCGGGUCGGACGUGACGUUUUUCCCGCGGUUUGAGCGCUCCCGGCUGCGACGGUGAACCGGUUUGUCCGUUUCCCUUUUCCGCGCCUCGGUGGACAUUUAAACUUCUGACCCAACCGUUGCGGUGGCUCCGCGCGCGGGCCCGACAUGCCGCCCAAGCCCCCCCGGAAGGGGGGAGCCGCCGCCAAGGGCCAACGAGCCAGCCCGGACCGCGGCACUGGCGGCACCCCCCCGCCUGCCGCCGCCAGGCUUGAGUUUGGAGAAACUGACUUUGUUGCACUUUGUGACACUUUAAGAGUGUCAGACACUGUAAGAGCAAAUGCUUGGAAGACAUAUGAAAAAGUGUCAUCUGCUGAUGGAACUCUAGUGGGUUACAGUGAAAAGAAAAAGGACUUGUGGGGGAUCUGUAUCUUUAUUGCAGCAGUUGACUUGGAUGAGAUGACAUUCACUUUUACAGAGCUUCUGAAAAGUAUAGGUAUGAGUGUGUGCACAUGUUUUCGGUUGCUGAGAGAGAUGGAUGUUAACAUGGAUACCAUAAGCACUAAAGUUGAUAGUAAUGUAUCACGACUGAAUAAGAAGUAUGAUGUAUUAUCUGCACUAUAUCACAAGUUUGAAAGGACUUGUGGACUUAUCUACAUAAUACAACCCAGCAGUCAGACUUCUGCUGAAUUGAGUUUCCCAUUGGUUCUGAAAACUUCCUGGAUCACUUUUUUGUUGGCGAAAGGAAAAGUAUUGCAAAUGGAAGAUGACCUGGUGAUCUCUUUCCAGUUACUGUUAUGUGUCCUUGAUUAUUUUAUCAAACUAUCACCACCGGCAAUGCUCAAGGAGCCAUACAAAUCUCAUGUGAGUGCAAUGUCUAUUAAUGGCUCAACUCGAGCUCCAAGGCGAGGUCAGAACAGGAGUACACGUACAUCAAAACAAACUGACACAGAUACAAAAGUUAUUGAAGUCCUUUGUAAAGAAUAUGGUUGUAACUUAGAUGAGGUCAAAAAUGUAUAUUUCACAAGCUUUAUUCCGUUCUUGAAUUCUGUUGGCAUUGUAACUUCAAAUGGACUUCCGGAGGUUGAGGAUCUCUCGAGACAAUAUGAAGAGCUUUACCUGAAAAAUAAAGAUAUAGAUGCACGAUUAUUUCUGGAUAAUGAUGAAACUUUACAGCGUAAUCACAUAGAAUGCUUGCAGUUGGAACGAACACCAAGGAAAAACAACCCAGAUGAAGAGCUUAAUCUUAUACUUCCACAGACUCCAGUUCGGGCUGCAAUGAAUACUAUCCAGCAGUUAAUGAUGAUUUUAAAUUCAGCAAGUGAUAAACCAUCAGAUAAUCUCAUCUCAUAUUUUAAUAACUGUACAGUGAACCCUAAAGAAAGUAUCCUGGCAAGAGUAGAAAAUCUUGGGAACAUCUUCAAAGAGAAAUUUGCUGAAGCAGUUGGACAGGGAUGUGCUGAAAUUGGCUCACAGAGAUAUAAGCUUGGUGUAAGGCUAUACUACAGAGUAAUGGAAUCCAUGUUAAAGUCGGAGGAAGAGCGCCUGUCAGUUCACAAUUUUAGCAAACUUCUGAACAAUAAUAUCUUCCACACAUCUCUUCUGGCCUGUGCUGUUGAGGUUGUCAUGGCUACAUAUGGCAGGAAUGCUUCACAAAGUGAUGGCACCAGUACUGAAACGGAUUUGUCUUUUCCAUGGAUUCUCAAUGUACUUGAUUUAAAAGCCUUUGACUUCUACAAGGUGAUUGAAAGCUUUAUUAAAGCAGAACCAAGCUUGACAAGAGAGAUGAUAAAACAUCUAGAACGCUGUGAACAUCGAAUUAUGGAAUCCCUUGCAUGGCAAUCAGAUUCGUCUCUAUUUGAUCUUAUUAAGCAAUCCAAGGAACGAGAAGGCCAAGUUGAUCAACCUGAGCCCACCUGCUCUCUUAACUUUCCUCUCCAGCAUAACCACACUGCGGCAGAUCUGUAUCUUUCUCCUGUCAGAUCUCCGAAGAAGAAAGGCUCCACAGCUUUAAACCCCAUUCCUAUAAUAGAUGCUCAGCCUGUGUUGGCACCUCAAACUCAGAAACCACAGAAAUCUACCUCCCUUUCACUAUUUUACAAAAAAGUGUAUCGGCUGGCAUAUCUUCGAUUAAAUACCCUCUGCUUACGGCUUCUGUUUGACCACCCUGAACUAGAACACUUGAUCUGGACCCUUUUUCAGCACACAUUGCAAAAUGAAUAUGAACUUAUGAAAGACAGGCACUUAGACCAGAUCAUGAUGUGUUCCAUGUAUGGCAUAUGCAAAGUAAAGAACGUAGAUCUUAGGUUUAAAAUCAUUGUUACAGCAUACAAGGAGCUCACCAAUACAAAUCAAGAGACUUUCAAACGAGUGCUGAUCAGGGAAGGACAAUAUGACUCCAUUAUCGUCUUCUACAACUUAGUGUUUAUGCAGAAACUGAAAACUAACAUUUUGCAGUAUGCCUCCAACAGGCCUCCCACCUUGUCACCCAUCCCCCACAUUCCUCGAAGUCCUUACAAGUUUUCUAAUUCUCCCCUACGUGUCCCUGCUGGAAGUAACAUCUACAUCUCACCCUUGAAGAGUCCAUACAAAUUCUCUGAAGGGAUGUUGUCACCCACAAAGAUGACUCCAAGAUCCAGAAUCCUGGUGUCAAUUGGUGAAUCAUUUGGGGUGAGCACUUCUGAGAAGUUUCAAAAAAUAAACCAAAUGGUGGGUAGCAGUGAUCGUCAGCUGAAACGCAGUGCUGAAGUAAGCACUGCCCCUAAACCUCUGAAGAGACUUCGCUUUGAUAUAGAAGGACAGGAUGAGGCAGAUGGAAGCAAACACCUACCUGGAGAGUCCAAAUUCCAGCAAAAGCUUGCAGAAAUGACGUCUACUCGAACAAGAAUGCAAAAGCAAAAACUAAAUGAUGGAACUGAUACAUCAGCCACUGAAGAAAAGUGAACAUCUUCUCAGGACCAUGCGGUGCACUGCAUGCUUCUCUGCAUUUGUCUUUCUUUUUCAGCCACCAUGUUAAUUACUUUUUUUAUGAUCAAUUGCUAGUUUAAAAUGUUUGGCCUUUUUUUUUUUUUAACUUCAGUGUUUUUCGUUAUAUUAUGCCGUAUGAUGUAGCAUGUACACAAUGUAAGCCACUGAGUUUAUUAAUUUAUAUAUUUUUGAGGAUUUGGAAGAGUUUUUCAGCUUCUUAUUGCAACAUUGUUCAUUUAAUGCCAUUUCAUUCUACUUAUUUUGAACUCUUCUAUCAAAAAUAAAGUUAGAUAGAAUGAUUUGAAAUGCACUAAUUCUUUUGUUCAUUAGAUUUCAUUUUAAUGUUGGAAUUUUAUGCACUAUUUGCAUAUUUUGUGAAUUAGGGGCCAGAUACUGCAACGACUUCUGACUCUGUAGAAUUACCAUGCUAAGGCCCAUUAACUUUACUAUGCACACAGCCAUAACUGUUGCAGGAUUAGGCCCAGCCAUUGUAAGUACAACAUGCAAACAAGGUGUAAAGUAAACUCACAUAGCCAUACUACUGAAACAAAUAACAGAUACCUCAGAUUCUUAACAUCUUCUAGUACUUUUUCCCCUCACAGUUUGAGUGGACAGUUACACUGCUGGUCAUCUGUUAGUCAGUUUGAACCUAACUGAGUAUGAAUUACUCAGAGAGAAAGUAUGUUCCAGGGACAGAGUUUUUCCCCCCAGGUACAAAACACUCAAAGUGCACUUUCUGAUAUUUCUGGAUCCUGAAAAAUAAGAAAAAUGCACAUGAAAUGAAAUCAUACUGUUACAAUCUGGAGUUUCUUGCAAUGACCUCUACAAAUGAUUUGCCUGAAGUCAAUGAUUUAGCUUACUCAAAUUUUGCCAAGAAAUGGGAACAGAACCCUACUUUUAGUAACUUAAACCUGUGUGCCUCAAGUUGGCCUCCUAAGAAUGAAUAGCCUGACUUCCAAAGUGCAACCAAAUUCAUAUUUAGAUCAAGUUUAACAUGUGAAGCAUCCAGAUCUGAAAAAUUUGGUCCAAGUCCUCCCUCUCUCCAUAAAAGGGCACAACUUUUAAGGCUACUUGAAUUAUUGCUAAACAAAUACAUUUUAAAUUAGCUCCUCAGUUGUGGGUGUUUUGCUAUUAUAAAGGUAUAAAAAAGUAAUUUACUUCUAGCAGUCUAAAAAACAGCUCUAGCAGAGCUUUCUCAUGACUGCUGCCUUUAGAAUUAUCCAUUCAUUUUAAUGAAGAUUUAGUUUUGUGUAACUACUUAAAUUAAAGUAGUUACAGUAGGAAAAAAGCACCCGGGUUUUAUUACACAGAAACAUGGUUUUAAAAAAAUCUUGUGUGGGUAACUUAUUUGGAAAUCUCUUAGUUGAAAAUAGAAAAUACUUUUGGUAGUGUCAUCUGGUUUUUUUAGAGAUCAGUUUUUGUCAGUCAAAAUCUAAUUGUAGAGCAAUUUUUAAAAACUGUACAACAGUAUAUUGAUUUGGAAAUAUUUUGAUGAACUUUGAAAUAAAACAGUUACCUUCAGUUUUAAGUCUGAAUAUGGUUUCAACUUCCUGAAGUAUGUACAGAAGUGUUAGUAUCUUAGGUUUCUUUGCCUAUUUUUUUUUGUGCAGAGUUUACAGGUGAAAUAUACUACAAAUAAUGGGAUACACUGUCUUUAAGCUCCAUAAUUGCAGUUCGAAUAGUGCCCAGAUCUUAACUUUGCUGGCUAGAGAACUGCAGAGUUCAGUACUUAGACAGGCUAUCCUUUCUCUACUGUGACAAUGUACUUGUUUUGUUCAGGCAGACUGAAGACUACAUUUAAAAGUGUAUGGUUGCAUAUUGUACAACUAAUGGAUUUCAUUCCUUUCAAGAUAAAUAAAAUAGCUUUAAUAAGA